AUGUCGCGGGAGGCGCCCUGGUGGAAAAACGCCACCAUCUACCAAAUAUACCCGGCCAGUUACAAAGAUUCCAACGGUGAUGGCAUCGGUGAUAUUCCAGGCAUUCACAGCAAGCUGGACUACAUCCAUGACCUAGGGGUUGACGCCAUCUGGUUGUGUCCCAUGUAUGACAGCCCACAAUACGACAUGGGAUACGACAUUCGCGACUAUGAAAAGGUCUAUGAACCGUACGGGACAGUCGCCGACGUCGAGGCCCUCAUCGCUGCAUGUCAUGAGCGGGGUAUGAAGAUCUUGCUCGAUCUGGUGAUCAAUCACACAUCACAUUUGCAUCCUUGGUUCCUGGACUCCAAAUCAUCCAAAACGAGCGCCAAACGGGAUUGGUACAUCUGGCGACCGGCCAAGUACGACGCCGAUGGCAAGCGGCAACCUCCUAACAACUGGCGCAGUGUUUUUGGCGGAAGUGCCUGGGAAUGGGACGAAGAGAGUCAGGAGUAUUACCUCCAUCUCUUUGCCAUUCAGCAGCCGGAUCUGAAUUGGGAGAACCCGGCGAUGCGUGCAGCCGUCUACGAAUCUGCCAUGGAGUUCUGGCUGCGCAAGGGAAUCGAUGGGUUCCGCGUCGAUACGGUGAACAUGUACAGCAAAGAGCAAUCACUCUCCGACGCACCCAUUAUCGACCCACGCCUCGAGUGGCAGCCGGCUUCGUCCAUGUACUGCAAUGGGCCGCGCAUCCACGAAUUCCUACGCGAGAUGAGUCAGAUCCUGACCAAAUACAACGCCAUGACCGUCGGUGAGCUGCCCCAUACGCCCGAGAUUGCAGACGUGCUGGCCUACGUCUCCGAAAAGGAGAACCAGCUCAGCAUGGUUUUCCAAUUCGAUAUCGUUGACAUCGGGUUCGGCAACGUGCGCUUUGACACCACCCCACGCGACUGGACACUGCCUCUGCUUCGCGAACGCGUAGCAAGCACGCAAGUGUUGAUGGAUGGCACCACCGAUGGAUGGAGCACAACAUUCCUGGAGAACCACGAUCAGGCCCGUUGUAUCUCCCGCUGGGGCAGUGAAGCUACGCCGGAACUCUGGGCCCGAAGCGCCAAGAUGCUGGCAGUUUUAGUGGCCAGUCUGUCGGGGACACUGUUUGUGUACCAAGGUCAGGAAAUUGGGAUGGUCAAUGCUCCCGUCGAGUGGGAUAUCAGCGAGUAUAAAGACCUGGACAGCUUGAAUUACUACAAAUUUGUACAAGACUUAUCCGGCAACGACCCGGUUGCCGUGGGGGCCGCAAAGAGCGCCCUGGCACAUCUGGCGCGCGACCAUGCCAGAAUCCCCAUGCAAUGGGACGGUACGCCAAACGCUGGUUUCACGACGCCCGAGGCAAAGCCGUGGAUGCGCGUCCAUGACAAUUACCCUGAGUUGAAUGCCAAACGACAAGCGCUUGACCCGAAUUCGGUUCUGUCGUUUUGGCGGGAACUCCUACGAGUCCGCCGAGCGCACCCGCAAGUCUUUGCCCAAGGUAUUUUUGUCGACACAGACCCGCUCAACGAGUCGGUCUUUGUUUUUGAGAAGCAAAGUGCUCGUCAGAAGCUGGUGGUCGCGCUCAAUUUCACACCGGACAGUCAACCAGUGGAUCUGACCGCUCAACUUGGGUCGAGCACACACAAGGUGUUGCUGAAAAACUGUGAUGGGGAGGGGCUGGAUCAUUUGGAAGCAUACGAAGCUCGAGUAUAUCUCGUUGAUCAGUAA